ACAGACAAUCUAUCACACAUACAUUGUCACAGAGUUGAGGGACUGAACCUGCACCGAAAUCAGGCAAAUGUACCACACCACCAUCAAUGACCAUAAACUAAAUUGAGCUGGCGCCGAUCCCAGCUGACUUUGGGCAAGACGCAGAGUAUAUCCCAGACUGGUUGCUCCCCUUACUUUUCUCAUGCUGCUAUCUCCCCUAAACCAUGUUGUUUAGCACAUCAGUGUGUUGUGCUAUUUAAUAGUUAAUCUUUUUGGUUUGUGCGUGUUGACACUAAAGCUCUUUGAGCCAAACUCCACAUGGAAAAGAGGGAUUUUUCCAGGCUUGAGCAUCCAGAAGCAGCAGCAGCACAGUGCAUUGCUUCAAGAUGUUGAAUGUCAGCGAGGUGCCUCUGCGUCCUCUCACCUUUAGCCGUUCCGAUCAUCUCCUGCAGCCUGUCUGGAACCAUCUGCUUGGCCACCACCAGCAUCUCAUCUCGUCUCCUUUAUUCCCGGUCCUCCUCGCCUUUUCCAGCUACGUCGUCUUCAGCGUGCCUUUCGCAGCCAUGGACCUGCUGGGAGAAAAGGUGCCUUUGUUCUAUAAGUACAAGAUCCAGCCGGUAAAGCGACCUACGCUGGGAAUGAUGGCAAGGAGCUUCCGGAUGGCUCUCUUUAACCACAUUUUCUUUGUCCUGCCGAGUGUGGUGGUCAGCAUGUUUGUCUUACCUCUGCCAGCGAUGCCUCAGGAAGCACCUGCGCUCGGCAGGGUCUUCGUCGACGGCCUGGCCCUUCUUCUCGUCUUUGACACUCAGUACUACAUCUGGCACGUCAUACACCACAAGCACGUGCAGCUGUACCGCUGCAUCCACGCCAUCCACCACGAAUACGCCGCUCCCUUCUCCUGGUCCACCGAGCAGCUCAGCAUUCCAGAACUAAUGACGGUGGGAUUCUGGAGCAACCAGGACCCCAUUCUGCUCAAGUGCCACCCGCUGACCACCUGGUGCGUCAUGGUGCUUAGUAUCUGGAUGUCUGUGGAGGACCACAUUGGCUAUGACCUACCGUGGGGCCUCAAUCGCCUGGUGCCCUUCGGCCUGUUGGGGGGAGCGCCCGCUCAUGACAUGCACCAUCAGAGGCCCAACAGCAACUAUGCUCCCUUUUUUAGCCACUGGGACAGAAUCUUCGGGACAGCUGUCCCACUCAGGAAAAAAACUGAUAUGAUGUGAAUGUGGUAUAUUGAAUAUUAUGAACAUUUGCGGGGUGAUUAUUAUAAUUAUUAUUAUUUUUUAAACAACAGAAACUUCAGAUCUUUUUAUGUUUUUAGGGUUUUAUAUGGCCCACGCGAUGGAGGUUUCCCGCCCCUGUUAAACAGCAUAAUGCGACCCUGUACAGGUACUCAAAAAACACAAAACUGCACAUGUUCAGGCCAGUUAAGGUUAUUUUUGAGUAACAAAACAAAUCAGAAAGAAAUUGGACAGAAUUGACAAAGCACAUUCAAAGAUCAUACGUUUCCUCAAGAGUGACACUUCUAAUUAGUAAAGAAAAUACCUUUUUAAUUUUUACCAUUAUUUUAAUAAAGUAUAGAAAAAAAAAUAUAUUUUGCAUAUAAUUGACAAAAUAAUUUAUCAUGUGUUAUAAUGUCACGUAAAAUGCUGGAACUUAACUUUUAUUUCUGGUCACAUGACAUACAUGCCACUUGUUGCUAGGCAGAGAACAGUACAAGUAAAAGUAGGACUACUUUUCUAUUUGACAAGGCUUUGAUGCCAUCUUGUAGCAUUUUGGUGGAAAUGAACUAUGUUGAAGUGACACAACUGGACUGAGAGACAAGCUUUUUUUUUUUUUAAAUCUAAUCAUCUGUAAGCUAUUUAUUUUAAGUGUAAUGCUGUAAAAUGAGUUUGAAAUGAAAUAAAACUUUUGUGAUCAUAGUUUGUGGUAUAUUUACAGUUCAAACUAUUAAUAUAGUUAAUUAUAAUUUUUUUUUGGAGGGGUACAUGGUUUUCACUAUUUGUAGUAGGGCUCAGACCAUAUCACCUGUAAAUAGUGGGGGAUUACUGUAUAUACAAAAAUUCCAUUUUGCUAGCCAUGCUCACUUAGCUGCUUGGAAAACACACCAGGGGAGCUAGGAUGACGAGAACGAAAAGUAACUUUUCCAACCAAAUCACUACUCUAUUAAAUAUAAAACUGCCACUAAUUCAGAUUCAGUGAAUUGAUCCAAUUUAUACAAUGCAAUAUCAUUAAUGCAGC